GACCUGACGUCACUCCCAUGUGCUGGAUCUUUCUCAAUCUAUCGCAAUAUGCGUAUAGAAACGUGUUAUUUUUGUUCGUCCCGGAUAUAUCCGGGACACGGAAUUCAACUUGUGAGAAAUGAUUGCAAGAUAUUCAAGUUCUGCCGUUCAAAGUGUCACGCCGCGUACAAGAAGAAGAAGAACCCCAGGAAAGUCAAAUGGACCAAAUCCUACAGGAAAACCUUCGGCAAGGAAUUGGCGGUGGACCCAUCGUUCGAAUUCGAGAAGAGGAGAAACGUCCCUGUCAAAUACAACAGAGAAUUGUGGACUAAGACAGUAGAGGCGAUAAAGAAAGUAGAAACCAUCAAGCAGAAGCGACAGAAUCUGCACAUCAUGCAACGAUUGCGCAAGGGAAGGGAAUUAGAACAGGAGAUAGACAUUAAGGAAGUGCAACGCGAUUUGUCUCUGAUUCGUUCCCCAGCAAUUGGUCUCAAGAACAGGAUGGAACAGGAAGAGGCGGUUGAGGAACACGAACAAAUGGAGGCAUCUAACGAUGAGUGUGAAGUUGAAGAAUUAGAAGCAAAUUAAACUGUCACUUGAACUUUUGUGAUGUUUCCCCAUUUUUCACAAAUUAUUUCCAGUAUUUGAUACAAAUCAAGGUCUCUCCAUUUUUCAUUAAUUAUUUUCAGUAUAUAGAAACACAUUGAAAUAUUUUCUGUAAAUUAUCCAUAGUAACACACACACACACACACACAUAGAUACAAAUGCAGAUAUCAGUUUUUUAUGAACACAAACUAGAAUUUUUUUUAAUGUUUGUACAUAUAAUAAAAGAAAAAUUGUUAAUGUGAAA